ACGUGUCUCUUGUACGCUCGAGGAAGUGCGAUUCUUAUCAUUCAGAAGGAUAUCCCUGACGUGAUUGAUUACUUGUAGUCAGUAGGGCAGUUAGCUAUACAAACUCGUUGUUGGCGAGUGGUUCCACAAUUGUUUUCAGCUGAUUCGAAAAAGGCCUGUUCAAGUGCACGCGACGUGUGAGAACAUGGCGACACAACCCGCCUUAAGACGUCUGAAUAGCAUUCAGGAGCGAGUUCAAAAAGUGGUGCAGAGCAAUCGAAACUUAAUUCUCGAUCUUCUCUCGCGUUAUGUCAAACAGGGGCGUACAAUUCUGCAGCCUCAUCAUCUCCUCGAUGAACUGAACAACUUGGGUGAUGCAGACCAGGUUGCUGAGAUUAAGGACAGUGCAUUUGGAAAUCUUCUACAGAAUUGUCAGGAGGCUAUGGUGCUGCCGCCGUGGGUUGGCUUUGCAGUGCGUCCAAGGCCUGGAAUUUGGGAAUAUGUGCGCAUCAACGUAGAGGAGCUUACCCUGGAGGAGCUCUCUGUGUCCGAGUAUUUGAGUUUCAAAGAACAGCUUGCCAAUGGCACUGACGGAGAGGAUCCAUUUGUGCUGGAGCUGGAUUUUGCGCCUUUCAACGCUAAUUUCCCUCACAUGACAAGACCCUCCUCAAUCGGCCAUGGCGUCCAGUUUUUGAACCGGCACUUGUCUUCGAAAUUGUUCCAUACCCCCGACAGCAUGGAACCGUUGUUCGAAUUUCUUCGAAUGCACACCUAUCGUGGACAGACUUUGAUGCUCAAUGACCGAAUUGCGAGCUUGGUAAGACUUCGUCCACAAUUGGUCAAAGCAGAGGAAGCUCUAAGCAAGCUCCCUGAGAAAACUCCGUUUGCGGACUUCGCGCACCAAUUGCAGGGUUUAGGAUUAGAAAAAGGUUGGGGAAAUUCAGCAGGUCGUGCUCUGGAGACGAUAAAAAUGCUGCAAGAUUUACUCCAGGCUCCCGACCCAGAUACAUUGGAGAAAUUUCUCGCCCGCAUUCCCAUGGUCUUCAGUGUUGUGAUUGUUUCUCCCCACGGGUACUUUGGUCAAGAAGGUGUCCUCGGCUUGCCGGAUACUGGUGGUCAGGUCGUGUACAUUUUGGACCAAGUCAGAGCUCUGGAAAACGAAAUGCUUGAGAAUCUGCAGCUGCAAGGGCUGGACAUCAUACCACAGAUUGUCAUUCUGACACGUCUCAUCCCCAACGCCAUUGGAACUACUUGCAAUCAGCGUAUUGAAAAGGUUACUGGCAGCCGAUUCUCACACAUCUUACGAAUCCCAUUCCGCCACGAUGGAAAAGUCUUGAAUAACUGGAUUUCGCGAUUCGAUGUUUACCCCUAUUUGGAAACAUAUGCUCAGGAGGCAGCACGAGAGAUUAGCACGGAUCUCGCGGGGCCACCGGACCUGAUCAUCGGCAACUACAGCGACGGCAACCUGGUGGCCACUUUAAUGUGUCAGCAACUUGGGGUGACGCAGUGUACAAUUGCCCACGCACUGGAGAAAACAAAGUACCCUGACUCAGACAUCUACUGGAAGAAGUUUGAGGAAAAGUAUCAUUUCUCAUGCCAAUUUACAGCCGAUCUCAUCGCCAUGAACCAUGCCGACUUUAUCAUCACCAGUACAUAUCAAGAGAUUGCUGGCAGUGCCAAAACUGUUGGACAAUACGAGAGCCACCAAGCGUUUACGAUGCCAGGAUUGUACCGGGUUGUGAAUGGCGUGAACGUCUUCGAUCCAAAAUUUAACAUCGUGUCACCAGGUGCUGACAUGGAUGUUUAUUUUCCUUACACAGACAAAGAGCGCCGGCUGACAAAGUUGCACCCAACUAUCGAGGACCUCUUGUUCGGUACUGAACAGUCAGAUGAGCACAUUGGUGUCAUAGACAAGAGCAAGCCUAUUCUCUUCACAAUGGCACGUCUCGACAAAGUAAAGAAUCUGACUGGCCUGGUGGAACUAUACGGGAAGAACAACAAACUAAAGGAAUUGACGAACUUGGUCAUUGUUGGAGGAGAGAUCAAUCCUGCAAAGUCGAAAGACAGGGAAGAAGUAAAAGAGAUUGCGAAAAUGCACGACUUCAUCAAGGAGUACAACUUACACAACAGCUUCAGAUGGAUCCGCUCGCAGACUAACCGAGUCCAGAAUGGGGAAUUGUAUCGGUACAUUGCAGAGGCGGGUGGUGUCUUUGUGCAACCUGCGUUGUAUGAAGGAUUUGGUCUGACAGUAGUGGAGGCAAUGACAUGCGGACUUCCCACGUUUGCAACACUACAUGGUGGUCCCGCAGAGAUCAUAGAACAUGGAAUUUCGGGAUUUCACAUUGAUCCUUACCAUCCUGAUGAAGUGGCAGACGAGCUUGUUACAUUCUUCGAGAAAGUCAAAUCUGACUCUAGCUUUUGGACAAAAAUUUCUGAGGCUGCUCUGCAACGCAUAUAUAGUAGCUUCACCUGGAAACUUUACGCUGAGCGCUUGAUGACCCUUACCCGCGUAUACGGCUUUUGGAAGUACGUCUCCAACCUGCACCGACGCGAAGCUCGCCGAUACUUAGAGAUGUUCUACACUCUGAAAUUCCGUGAAUUGGUCAAGACAGUACCUCUAUCCAAAGACGACGAAGGUCCUGAAGAGAAGACGGAAACGAAAGCUAGACUUGGUCCUGGACAAGCAGCCAUCGUUGGUACACCAGCAUCAGCUUAAGAAGCAAAAUGGCAGAAAUAAUUGGCACUUAGGAAUCUGUGCACCUGUGGCUUCGCAGAGAUGGUCCAACCAAAUCACGAUCAGCAGGUUCACUGUCAAUUUUCAGGCUUAGGAUUUGUGAAACAUUCGUUUGCAUUGGAGAUGAAAUAGGGAUACGUAUACAAGGUUUUUUUCUUGCUCAAAGUGUUGGACCAGCGUGAACGUGAGUGUAGCGUAUUCAUCCUGAUUUGGCAUUUGAAUUGAACACAAAGGCAACAAUAGCCGACAAUUUCGGAAAAACUCUAUAUCGCAGUGCGAUGGAGAAAUUUUGCAAGCUUUCGUGAAUCGUUCACAACUUCACUUGUUCGCAA